UGUCCUCAGCAUCCCUUCGGUGAUGAUGGCGUGUAUGGAUGCUGCUGAUGCGGCGGUGCCCGGGCCCUAAACGACCGGUGACCGGGAAACCCGAGAGACGUGGACGUGCGGGUUGUCCACUAUGCACCUUUCCUUUAACAACCGGUUACCGGAUUACUGCGGUAUCUCGUGUCAGUCUCUUUGCUCGCGUGAAACCGAGGAAUGAAGUGCUGCAACCAUGAUGCAAGGAUUGAAAAAGCGUACCCGAAAGGCCUUUGGGAUACGGAAGAAAGAAAAGGACACUGACUCCACGGGAUCACCAGACAAAGAAAAAUCUAAAAAAGCUAAUGGAGCACCCAAUGGUUUCUAUGGUGAGAUUGACUGGGAUCGAUAUAACUCUCCCAAUGUGGAUGAUGAGGGCUACAGUGUUAAACCAGGAGAUCAAGGAGGAACAGCUCCAAAAGUCCAAAAGACGCUCUGCUCCUCCAGUGAGUCAGAGGGUGAGGAGGAACAUGAGAAGAAAUUUAAGAUCAAGAUCAAGCCCCUGGCAGCAAAUAGUGGCAGCUGUACAGUGUCUACUAUGGAUGAGCUGAAGGCCUCAGUGGGGACGUUGGCGAUAUCUCCUUCUCCUCUUAGAAAGAGUCCGAGGCGAAGUCCAUGCCAGAUGAAACGAAACCUGUCAAGUGAGGAGAUUGCCAGACCAAGACGAUCUACUCCAACACCCACGACAACCCCAGGGCCUGGUUCAGAAACACCCAGAGAAAACGCAUCAGUGUUCUUCAGCCCAUCAUUUAAGACCAGUCUUGAAGCACACAACUCAGAAGUGUUUACAGUUGAGCCGGAGCUCUGGUGUCAAUCUGCCUCUCUCUCCACCACUUCUCUGAGCAGAUCUCUGCCCACUGGAGCUCCGCCUCCACUUCCUCCAAAGAACAUUCCUGUCACUCCGCCUGGACGCAGUUCUAGCUCUUUAGGAUCCUCUGGUUAUUAUAGUGUGGUUCCUAGUGUCAGAGGAGACGGCUCAGCCUCGGCCUAUCAGGACUCACUUUUAGCAGACCCAGUAGGAGUGGCACCUAUUCCUGACCUGGACAAUGUUUUUGGACCCAUUGAGACCCCCAAGUCUGGUUCAGACAUUGUGCAGUGUAGCUGGGUGAGCUUCACUGACCGCUCACCCGCCAGACCCCCUCCACCAGACGAGCCCGCACCAUCUCCACCUCUGUCCUCUUCCCCCGCGGACUCGCCACCGACCUCACCUCUUAACAUUCCACCACCCGCCUCAUCACCUCCCCCUCUUCACCCCAUCCCGCCUCCAGAUUCUCCUCCACCACCCCCACCCUCAGAGUCCCCCCUGAGCCCCCUGCCCCUUCCCAGCUGCUUUCAGCUGCCAGAGUCAGAGCUCGCCCAGGAGACCCCCAUUACCCCCACCAGUCCUGGACUGCCUCUUAUGCCAACUGAGCAACUUCCUUAUGGACCCAUACCUUCUCCUCUUGCCCUGAGUGAUAACAGCAGAAGAACGCCUGAGUUGUCUGGGACGAGAGAGGAGUUUGCUGUGUUUUGCACGUCACCCAAAGACAUCGCAGCAGGAGGGUUCAGGGGAACGCCACCUCCACUGCCGCCUCCUACCUACAGGAAUGUGAUGGGUUCACCAGGGCCUGGCAGUGGGCCGUCCUCUCCCGCACGUGCUGGCACUCCUCUGUCUGCUGGCAGCCCGAUCCCACCUCUACCACCAAGACCAUCUUCAAGGCCUAAACUACCACCUGGAAAACCAAACCUAGCAGAUCUGGCUCGUCCCUUCAGUCCCCCCAUCCACUCCUGGAGUCCUCCGCCCUUUGCUCCUCUGGCCAGAGCUGAGAGCACCUCCUCCAUCUCCUCUGUCACCUCUCUAAGCGCAGCUUCCACACCUACCCUAGGCCGAGAACUCAACUUGUCUGUGUCAGCAUGUUCCAGAGGUCCGAGUCCCCUCACAAUGGGUCCCCAGGACACUCUACCUGUGGCGGCCGCCUUCACAGAGACCAUCAGCGCAUACUUUAAAGGAGCAGAUCCCACUAAGUGUUUGGUGAAGAUCACUGGUGAGAUGGUGCUGUCUUUCCCAGCAGGAAUCACCAGACACUUCUCCACCCUUCCCACCCCACCAGUGCUGACUUUCACCAUCAGCCAGUACAGUCGACUGGAGCAGGUCCUCCCCAACCCACAGCUCCUCUGCUGUGACAUGGCACCACCUACAGGUGACUCAAAGGAGUUUUGGGUGAACAUGCCAAACCUGAUGAGUCACUUGAAAAAAGUCUCUGAGCAGAGACCACAGGCCACGUAUUACAAUGUGGACAUGCUCAAGUACCAGGUAUCAGCUGAAGGGAUCCAGUCCACUCCACUGAACCUGGCGGUGAGCUGGCGUGGUGAUGCCAGUAGCACAGACCUCAGGAUAGACUAUAAAUACAACACAGAGGCCAUGCCCACACCAACACCCCUCACCAACAUCCAGUUCAUGGCAGCUGUGGAUGGAGGCGUGAACAAACUACAGGCCAUGCUUCCACCUGCCACCUGGUACCCAGAGAUGCAAAAAAUAGCAUGGAAGAUCCCAGAGCUGUCACAAUGGUCUGAAAAUGGAGGGGUGGGCGCUCUACUCGCUCGCUUCCAGUUAGCCGAGGGCCCCAGUAAACCAUCACAACUCGCAGUGCAGUUCACCAGUGAGGGCAGCACACUGUCUGGCUGUGAUUUCCAACUUGUAGGUUCAGGCUAUAGACUCUCCCUGAUUAAAAAAAGGUUUUCGGCAGGUAAAUAUUUGGCAGUCAACUGAUGUAGCUGCAGCAAUGACCUGCUGUGUGGACUGUGAGUGGGACAUUGAGAUGCUCUUUUGGCACUACAAAGACUUUCGAAAAAUGUUUUUAUUAAAAUUCUGGAAGUACAGCGCUCAGAAUAUAAUCUCUGGUGUAGAAUAUCAUCAGUGCAUUUUGUGGGUGUGUGUAUGUGAAUAUUAGCAAAGGUUUUUGUGUGUAUGAUAUGACUUCAGGACAAAUGCAAUACGUUGACUUUUCCAAUGGGUUUUUGGUGAAGACAGAGUUUCACUUUUCAGUUUUGCACAUUCUCUCUCUGCCCCAUUAUAAUGAACAUUAUAAUUUGUGUUUUAUUUCCAGAUAUAUGCAUAUAAUUUCACAAUAGUUCUGUUGAAGACUUUCAUUUGGAGUUUGAUCCUAUUAUUGUUCCACAGAGACCUAUACUUUGGAUAAUGUAGUGGCCACAUAUCAUCCGAAAUUGCGAAGACUGACAAGUAAUACCACUGCAACAAUUUAAAUGUUGUGUGCCAGCUAUUUGACUUAAAAAUAAUAAUAGCGACUGGAUAUGAACAUGAUACUCUCAUUUCCCAAGCAUAGCCACAAUUAAAGACCAUUAAAGAGAAAUACAAUGACUCACAGUGACAAUAGUUUCUGUUCACUACCAUCGUAAAAUGCCUCUUGUGUCAGUGUUAUGUUGAUGUUAUUGGUGAUGGGAUGUUAUGAAUGCAUCACUUCUGUCUAGCUGGCCUGUAGGAUACUUACCUUCUGUUAAAUUAAGUGUUUAAACUUGGAUGUAACUCUGAAAUACAUAGUUCAUGCAAAAAGUAAUGCCAACAUGUUUUUUUUUUUUUUUUCUGUCUUUAAAUUAUUCAUUUAUUUAUUUCAGCAUUCUAGGAAAAUGAGACUCCAUUUGUGUCAUGGAUGCAGAAUUUCUUAAAUUGAAAUCAACUUAAGUAAUUAGUCAGUUGUUUUCCAAUUGGUUUUCCACAAUGUGGAUUUUCUUUCCCAAAAACAUUUUCCUGUAGCAAUAUUUAAAGAUAAUGUGUAAAAAAUGUAAAAUAGAAAUUGUUAUACAUGUAUCCAAAUGGAUAUCGAGUUUCAUAGAACAAAUUUCAUGUCAAGUUAUUGUUAGUAUUUCAAAUUCAUGACCUGCACUUUACUUGUAUUUAAUUUAAAAUGUAUGUGAUUUAUUUAAUGCCUAGUUCUGUUGUUCAUAAUGGAUUCCAUACCCUUACUAGACUGUUUUUUUUUUAUUUUUUUUUUUUAUUUUUUAAAGAAGAGUUUGAGGUUUUAAGUGAUCAGUACAGAGAAUCUGAAACUUUUUCCACCUCCUUUAAUUUUUUACUUUGUUACGAUACUACGGACUGUAUUUCCGGCCAUUUCGUCAUGUGUUUUGAUUUCUGAACUAUAUAGACCUCUUUACUGCACUCGUAUGUAGAUCAUUGCCUUUUAAAAUUUGAGAUUGUCCAUCAAGUGAAUUUGAGAUUAUCCAUAAAGGCAAAUGUGUAGAGAUGUUCACUAGAAAAGCCUCAAAUCAAUCUAGUUUUGAAUAAUCUGUUUGUAGUUAAAGGUUGCAUUAUUUCUGCUAUUAAUUAAGUGUACUUUAUUAAUUCAUUUCAAUUGUUUUAAGGCCUUAUACCAGACCUUAAAAGUGGAGGGAUGGAUAGACAACUGCUGCUUGUGGGAGGUUCCGGUUGAAACAUGUCUCAUUUUAUAACAAUGUGUUUAUUAUUUUUUUUAUCCCACUGAAUGUGCGAUAUUGUGUUUGUCAGGUAACUUGCAUCUUGUUCAUACAUCACUCAGAAAAUGGAAUAUGCAAACAUUUCAUGUAAUAAUGUGUCCCCAGAUUUUAAGAGAAUAUAGAGACUGAAAAUGCUAUGUACUGUAUAUCAAAGGUGAAAAUAAUGUAAUGUCUCGAAAAUAAAAUCAAGAAAUUCA